AUGGAAGGUGCACCAGUUAAUGUUAAUGAGUUCCAAGAAUUACCUAGGAAAGCCCUUCCCAAAAUGUACUAUGACUAUUAUAGUGGUGGAGCUGAGGAUGAGUACACACUAAAACAGAAUGUGGAAGCAUUUCAAGGAAUUACGAUCCGGCCAAGAAUACUUGUUGAUGUCAGCAAAAUCAAUUUGUCAACAACUGUUCUCGGCUAUAAAAUCUCAAGACCCAUUUUGGUUGCUCCAAGUGCUAAGCAUAAGUGGGCACCACGAAGUGAGGUUGCCAUGACCAGAGCAAUUCUUGCAUGUGAUACAAUAAUGAUUUUAUCCUACAGGUCUACCUUUACUAUUGAGGAGGUUGAUUUGAGCUGCAAUGCUGUUCGGUUCUUCCAAUGUUAUGAAUACAAGAGGCGAGAUAUAUAUGCUAAUUUAGUGCAGAGAGCUGAAAGAUGUGGAUACAAGGCCAUUUUCCUAAUGAUUGAUAGCCCUAGGCUUGGUCGAAAGGAGAAAGACAUAAAGAACAAAAUGGUUAACCCUCAAUUGAAGAACUUUGAAGGUCUUAUAUCGACUCAAGAUGACGGUUCAAACAUUGAAGCAUUUGAUGCCAACACUGCAUUUGAUGCCUCUUUUUCUUGGAAGGAUAUAGGAUGGUUAAGAUCUAUUACAAACUUGCCAGUUCUACUCAAGGGAGUACUUACUCCUGAUGCAAUAAAGGCCGUUGAAGUAGGGGUUGAUGGGAUUGUUGUCUCAAAUCAUGGAGCUCGCCAGCUAGAUUAUGCUCCACCCACUAUUUCUAUUCUAGAAGAGGUGGUUGGUGCAGUUAAGGGAAAGGUUCCUGUUUUAUUUGAUGGAGGAAUAAGACGAGGAACAGAUGUUUUCAAGGCGUUAGCCCUUGGUGCGCAAGCUGUCCUUAUUGGAAGGCUAGCAGUUUACGGACUUGCAGCAAAGGGAGAAUACGGGGUGAAAAGGGUUAUUGAAAUGCUUAGGGAUGAACUUGAGCUCACCAUGGCCCUCUCUGGAUGCCCUACUCUCAACCAUAUUUCCAGAAAACAUGUCAGAACUAAGCAUAAGAGACCCCGCUCCAUGCUUUAAAAUACUACUUCAAUAUUGUUGAAUCGUAUUCAUAAAUGUAUUCAGAUCAUUCCUGAAUCUGUCAUCAUUUAGUUAAACAAACUCAUAAAUCAGCUCCUAUUAAUGGUUGUACUACUUUUCAUUUGAGGCAAUAGAGGAAACU